AUGGGAUCGCUGGAUGAAUCCGAUCUCCUCUUGAUGGCCAUCCCGCACGUCGUGUUGAUCGCGUUGUCGGCGAUGAUCUUGGGGACGACGCUGGUGAAGGCUGUGGAUCGGUAUCGUCGCGUCGGCCGUCUGAUGAAGCGCACGGAUCGACUGCUCGAGCUCUCCGCCCGCCACCAAAACCCGUCGGCUUCUCGUUCGGCUCGGCCACCG